CUAUCAAAGUCUGAUUGUGAGAUUCGUGGACUCUACACUGCAUUUAACUGAAGGAACUGAACCUCAAACAUAACAGAGUUUCACUAUGGGUGUGGAGAUGCUCUCUGUGUUUUUACUCAUGCAGACUCACUUUUGCUGGGGUCAGAACACACUGGUCGUUCCCUCUCAGCCAAUCAUAGCGCCCGUUGGCAGUGAUGUCACUCUGCCCUGUCAGUUGGACCCUGUUAAAGACCUCAGGGACAUGGUGGUGGAGUGGUCACGGCACGACCUGACGCCGCGCUACAUCCACAUCCGCCAGGACGGUGUGGACCUCCUCAUGGACCAGAACUCCCUGUACCUGGGCCGCACCUCUGUGUCCGAGAGCCGACUGCAGCAGGGGGACAUGUCCCUGAGUCUGACCAGAGUCAGAGUCAGUGAAAAACUG